AUGUUCCGCUUCAGCAAAACCCUCGACCCAAUUACCCUCUUCCACUCUCCUAGCGUCAGGAGCAGCACCCGCGUCCUCAACAUCCUAAAGCAAGCAUCCACAGCCGCCUCCGAAACCGCCACAGAAGAUCAAGCAAGCGACUACAGCUCCCACGCCAAGCAACAGCGCGAGGAAUUCGAGCUCGAGGUAACAACCAACGACCCCACGACUGAUCAGCUCCGCAGUAUUCUUGAUUACAUCAGCCCUACCUCUGGCGUUGGCGGACAGGGAAAUAAGGCUACUUAUUCGGUUUCGGACUUGGUGAAGGGGGCGAAGAAUGCAGACGAUGCUCUCAAGAAGUUCAAAGAUGAUAAGUCUUCUUUUGUUAGGCCUGUGACUGUUGAUUGGACCAAUGGUCGGGCUGUUAUUGGCGACCAGGAGUCGGAGAUCUUGAAGAUGGUUCGUCAGAUUCCUAGUAACUAG